UUUUCUGGCUACUCUGCCAGUGUAUAGUUUAUUAUAUCGGCGUGUGUUUUACUGAUAGAAACUCUGUGUUCAUAAGCAAUUUCAGCAUAGAACGGUCAGACGCAUAUUGACUGCAAAAGCAGAGGCUGUAUCUUGUAGAAAACCGAUUUUUAAGAAAAAAUGGAUCGACGAUCACGUAGUCCGGACUCCAGACAUCGUCGUCGUGAUCAUCGCAGACGAAGUCGUUCUAGAUCCAGGGAUCGUAGCAGGGAUCGAAGGCGUCGCUCCCGUUCACGGAGUAGACCAAGAUAUCGUAGAAACAGUCCCGAUUUGUACAAGGACCUGAUCGAUCAAGACUAUCAGAAUGACAGAGACAGAUUUAGAGGAGAUCGCGACCGUAGGGAUCGUCAUCAUAGGCGUCAUCAAUCAACUGAUGAAGCUUAUUUGGAGGAGAUCAAUAGCAAUGACAGUUUUGAUAGUGAUCAAGUGAACAGUGAACAUUAUAGAAAUCAGGUACCAAGCAAUAAAAUAAUAAUUUUGGGAUUAGCUCAACACAUCACCGAAACGGACAUCAACAAUGACCUCAUUCACUAUGGACUUCAACCUGUAUCCAUCCGGCUGAUAAGAAAACGUAAAACAGGUGCUAGCCGCGGUUUUGCUUUUGUCGAGUUUAAUACUGAAGAGGAAGCAAGGAGCUGGAUGGAAUACAAGCAGGGUGUGUUAAUGGUGCAGGACCAGUAUCGAUCGGUGAUGCAGUACAGUGUGUCUCGUGAGCCGCUUGGUAAAGAGAAAGUGGCUACGGAUUGGUACUGUGCUAAGUGUGGAGUUUUCAACUUCAAAAGGCGAGAGAAUUGCUUUAAGUGUUACGCAUCACGCGAAGAAAGCGAGAAGGGUGGUGAAGGCAGCGAUGAAGUUAGCAAUAUUUUAACUAAAAAAAUAAUGUUACGUAACUUGGACGUCCUUACCAAUGAAGAAGGAGUGUUGACCGUCAUGCAGGAAGUGGUACCAUCAUUAGUUUCGAAAAUAUCCAAAAUUCUAAUCUGCAAGGAUCCAUUGACGUGUACAUCGCGGGGAAUUUGCUAUUUAUCAUUUGAGAAUCUAGUCGACUCGAUGUCAUUUCACAAUGCACUGAAGGCCAUUGAACCAGCAUUGAAUAUUGAGGAUCGUGAAGUUCUUGUGUCCUAUUGCGUCGACUCCGAAAAUAAACAGAUUAACAAAUCUGUGGCAAGUAAGCCAAGUCAUUCGGAUGGACCAACCGUGUCAUCGUAUUCGAAUACGCACCAGUACACUUUAGCUGAUGUACCACGAUUGGCGGAAUACAGUGCUAGCGUUUAUGCAUCGAAUUCGGCUGAACACGACCACUACUACAAAUACUACACGGACUAUUACAUUGCCCAAAUAACCAACGGACACUACAACAAUCUGCCAACAAUGGGUGAAACGGCAAAUUCCGGAGCUGCAGUAGCUAUGUCGGCCAUUCAGCGCAAACAGAAACAACAAAACAAAGUCAGCUCAUCACAGGCUCCAGUCACUCAACCAAUCCAAAUUCCCACUGGGCUUGACAAUAAGAAAUAUCCUGCACCAGACGUCUUCCAGUAUCAAUAUGAUGAAAGCAGCGGAUUCUAUUAUGAUUCGUCCACUGGCCUGUACUACGACUCCAGUUCGCAAUAUUAUUACAAUGGUGAAAGCGGUGCUUACCUGUAUUGGAAUGCUGAAAAGAGUACCUACACGAUCGCUGCAACAACGCCAAGUACACCAGCUGAAGCCACAAAGUCUACGAGUGGUCAAUCAAAGAACAGCGACCAGAAUACCUCGAACCAAACGACAGGCGUUCCAACAGCCGUAUCGGAUCUGAUGAAUGACAGCACCACCAAAGCGUCGGAGGAUAGGAAGAAGGAUCCGAAACAGGACAAAGUUAAAGUGGCGAAAAAAAUCGUAAAGGACAUGGAAAAGUGGGCAAAACAAUUGAAUCAAAAGAAAGAUUUGAAUGUAGUGCAGGCCGCACCAGCUCCCGUACGUCAAGAAGAAGAACCAAUCAAAGUCAACCGUACCGGUAAUGGUGGAUAUGCCGAUGUUGGAUUUUCCAUACUGGAAAAUAAGGAACGAUCGAAAAUAUCCAUGGACAUGGGCUCACGUGGAGGUGCUGCAUCGAUUGGUACUCCUCCGCCACCGCAAAUCGCAAAACUAGUUUCCACCUACGGCUCCGAUUCGGACAAUGAGCAAAACGAGAAGCCGGCGGAUGUAAUGAGCGAAAAAGAUUACAUCGAUUUCGCCAAACUAACGUGUCUGCUAUGCAAACGGGCCUUUUCUGACGCCGAAAUCCUCAACAAACAUUUGAAAAUGUCCAAUUUGCACAAGGAGAAUUUACAAAAGUACAAUUUAUUGCAUGGAAAGCUGGACGACAUCAAUGCGUCCGGUUUAUCAUACCGGGAUAGAGCGAAAGAAAGACGACUGAAGUAUGGCGAAAGUGAUCCACCACCCGUGAAUCGAAGCCGGGAACGUUUCGAAAAGGAAUUGGAGAAACAGAAAAGUGCCAUACAGGUGCAGGCUAGCGGAAAUUUAGCAUCGCAGCCGAUCAGUUCGAAUAAUGUUGGCAAUCGAUUACUGCAGAAAAUGGGCUGGUCAGAGGGCCAAGGACUGGGCCGUACGAAUCAGGGUCGCACCAAUAUUAUCGAGGCUGAAAGUCGAGCCCCGACUGCUGGAUUGGGAACGAAAACAACAAACUUUGGUCCUGGUGAUGAUUACAAGUCCUACAUAAAGCGGAUGAUGAAAAGCAGAUACGAACAACAAUAAGAACCUGUUGUUCGAUGUGGCUAUCUAAGGAGAUGUCAUUGGCCUUUCGAAAAUUGAGAAUGCCAUGCAUUUAAAAGAAAAACCGAAAUGAAAUUCUUAGAGAUUGUAAAGACGUAAAUAAAAUCAUUUUUUAAGAAAAAAACAAA